AUGAUUAAAAAUAGUGGAAAACUCGAGGAUAAAAGAAAGUUUAUAUGCUCACAAUGUGGUAUAUCCUUAAGCUCAUUAUACAAUCUCAAAAUUCACACAGAAACACGAUGUUCAACGGAGAAAAAUCACAUUUGUGACAUUUGUGAGUCUAAAUUCCUUACAAUUCACUCAUUAAAGACGCAUAUCAAGUCUAUACAUCAAGAGAGUAAUAAGUUCGUGUGCAGUCAUUGUGGGAAAUCAUUUGCUAGUAAAGGACAGCUUACAGUUCACGAACGAAGUCAUAAUAAGGAAAAGCCAUUUAUUUGUGAGAUAUGCAAUAAGGCAUUCAGUCAUAGAGAGACAUUAGUUACACACAGCACAGUCCAUACUAAAAUCAAGCCAUAUGCAUGUGAGAAUUGCAAUCAAACUUUUUCUUGUGUCGGCAAUUUAAUUAAACAUCGAAAGGUGCGACCAAACACUUGUGGACUUCCUAUAUUUACAAAUAAAAAAAUUUGCAAACGUGCUGGUGUAAAAUGUAUUAAAGGAAAGGCACCUGUGAUAAUCGUUGAUUCCGAUUCAUUGAAUGUUCAACAAGAUCCAGUAAAUCAGAUAAUAACUUCCGAUAUCCAAAACGAGAUUGUUUUGGUCCAAGAAGAAAAUCAGGAACUACCAUACAAUGACCAUCAAUAUAUUGUCAUAGCAGAAUGUCAAAAUCCAACAGAAGCUGAUAUACAGAGUAUGAAGGACGACUUUACUAAAAAGGAAAUGGAAGUUUUUGACUUUAUGACAUUUGAUAUGAGAAACAUACAGGAACAAGAACAGUAUAUCGACAAUGAACAGGAAAUGAUUGUUGAGGAAUUGACUGAUGGAUCUGAAUAUUUAGAUGAGGACUAUGAAGGAAAGAAUCCUGAAAUAAAGACUAAUAUGGAAAAUUCAAGCAACAAUAUUGACGAUGCAAAUGAAAUAUUACAGUACCUAACAAUAGCUAAUGAGCAGUUUCAAUGCAAAUUGUGUCCAAAAAUUUAUUCAAAAAGAAAUAUUAGUAUUAAGCACUUGAAAAAGGAACACAAAAUAGUCAUAAAUAGCUUUAAUUACGAUAAUGCGAAUCGUUACCGCAAACCACAAAAAAAUCAGGUUUGGAAGUGCAAAUAUUGCCCAAAAAAAUACACAAGUGCCAAAACAGUUGAAAAACAUGAAAAAGUUCAUGGCAAAGAUGGCAAUUUAAUCCACAAAUGUACAUGCUGUUCCUUAUAUUUUUGUACUAUCGAUGAAAUGGAAAAUCAUCAAUUUGAGUCACAUGCUGAUCGUCUAGUUUGUGAUAUUGAAGACUGUCAGAAAAGAUUUGAUCAUCCUGAAAAGCUGUUUAGUCAUAAGAAAUAUUCACAUUCCGAGAAAAAGUAUCAACCUAAGAAGUAUUCCUUUGUCUGCACAGUUUGUGGACGUAAUUUUAAUACAAAAGUUGCUCUAUCUGAUCAUGAAAGAAGCAAUUGUGGAAGCAAUCCAAUUUACAAAUGUGAGCAUUGUGGUAAUUAUUAUCAUUCAGCUGGAAGUUUAAAAGUUCACUUGACCGUCCACAGUGCCGAGCUUAAUUAUGUAUGUAGUUUUUGUCAAAAGAAAUUUCGCACAAAAGGUCAACUUACUGUACAUAAUCGUAUUCAUUUAAUGCUCAAACCUUUCAAAUGUAAAUUUCAAGACUGUAAGGCAGAAUUUGCGCACCGCGAGAGCCUGCUAACACAUCACACUAUCCAUACAGGAAUUAAGAGAUUUGAGUGUGAAAAGUGCCUGGCACGGUUCUCGUGUAUAUCCAAUCUAUUAGCACAUCGACGAAGUCGUCGAAAGGACUGCAGUGAGUCUAGAAUACAGAAAGUUAAGAAUUCUGAAACAAGUCUAAAAGCUGUCUGA